AUUCUCAUAUGAAUGUGAUGUGAUGGUAUGAGCAUCAGGGUGAUUGCAACUUCUGACAAGUGAUCAUUUUGGUGGAUGUGUGGGUGGGCUUAGCUAAAUUGUAUUGUUCAGAGGGAUCUGCCAUUGGGGCAGGCGUGGACUAAACGAAGGUGAAAAUAGUUGAACAAUCUCACGAGAAAAUAUGAGAUUUUACUGAUUAUUGUUUACAUUGCAAAAACAUGAGAUUCGAACCAAAUCGAUCCGGAUUCAACUGAAACGCUUGCAACAGGACAACUUCCGAAACAGACUGAUUCUCUCCCCUGCGGCGAGGAAGGAGAUCGGAGCCGAACUUCGUUUUGAUCGAGCUGAAAGCCAGGACCCAAAUUUCGUCUUCCCAUCAGGGGAGAAAAAGAUAGGGGUAACUAACGCUAGCCUAAAGACUUAAUUUAUAACUGGUGGAAAACGCAGAUUCUCAAGGGCCGCUGUGGUGUGGAGUAAAACAACACUACCCUGCGUGGUAUACAGUAUGGUCCUUGGAGAGAAGGACGUGAUGGGGAUCCCCGCCUAAGGAGAACAGCAAGGCGGGUUUGGGAUACCCGGGGUAGUCGAGGCCUCCGAGGAAAUCCUCCGUUGUCUACCUUGGGCUACACCGCGCGCUCCCGUGUCUUGAUCGUUAACAAUCAACACGCGAGGGACGCGGCGGUUGAUGCGGCCUAGCCUGGGAGGGUCUGCCGAGCAUCGGGGAAACAACGGGGACGGUUUCAGGGUUAACACCAGGCCCUCUGGAGGACCGAAAAAACGUGAAAUUGCAGUAAGUAUCCCGUUAGGUUGUUGUAAUUAAUAAUAAAUCUGGACAAGUCUCAAACAACAAUCAUCCCGAGCAUCGCGGCAAGCGCACCUGACAACACAGAACCGAGAAGAUGCUUCUUUUUGACAGACGACUCAACGUUAGCCUGUAGGCUACCUAACACAGCUACCGAAGGUGUAUUUGUAAAGAAUUCACCGUAGCAAACAGCAGCUGUGAUGUAGCUGGCCUAACAUUGACCAGACAUUAAUGAUGGGGGCAGUAGCAAUGACGAUUUUCCUCAGUAUAACACGUUUCUUAGAAAAUCCAAUGUAAUGUUACACGCUAACGUUAACAGUUAGCUCUUCGGCUGCAAUGCUAAAGGAUGCCAACAUCGACAGGGUUGUUAGCUCAUUUACCCGAUGUUAGCAUACUCACUCGCGGGCCAUUAACCAGUGAUGUUUUAAAUCGUUAUCUUUAUUAUUGUAUUGUGUAUUCAUACCAGAACAUUUAACUAAGAGUCCAGUGACUCUAUGCUUGGUGUUUAUGCUUUAAUGGCCAUCAAUGGUGCAGGUUUCUGUGUCCAUCUAAUGUAUGUAAGCCAUAGGUAAUGUUCAGACAUAACAGUCAGUAUGGGGCGUGUAACCUAAACGUUCACCUUCUACACAAGCUAGCAAGUUCGGCUGUUAUUGUCCUUAGUGGCCUUUUCCUUGGUCUAAGUAUACUUGGCAGUUCCUCCAUUAGUGACCUUUCACAACUCCAGCGCCAUGCAGCUUAGGCCUAUAAUGCCAGGGAGUUAUCACAUGAUGCUAUAAUUUUUAAGACAAUAGCUCUCUCACAUCUGGCUGAAGUCUUAAAUGCAUAUUCAAUAUACCUUAUUAACUUUGUGUCUGGCCAGGUUGCGCACAUUAGUGCUGUGAGUGUUUUACUGGGCACUCAAGCUGAACACACAUGAUAGUGGAAAACAUUAUUGUUGUCAGACUUAUUGAUGACUCAGAACAGGAAUUUUCCACAUCCAUAUAGCUAAAAACAGCAAUGACUCAUCACAACCAGUGCCUUUGAAAUAGUGAUCCGUCACUCCCACUUCAAUAUAUCAGUCUCUGCUACAUCUUUCUUAAUCUGUGCUCUUGUGUCUGCAGCCAUGAUGGAAGAACUGCACAGCCUGGACCCCCGACGGCAAGAGCUGUUGGAAGCUCGCUUCACUGGGGUUGGUGUAGCUAAGGUUUGUGUUACAGCAGAUCUCUCUGAGGUGAAGCAUUAUACCUCUUCAGUUAAAGUAUUUAUAAACUCUGAUUUUCUUGUUUAUACAGUUAUUGCAAAUCUCUUCAUUUCUUUGUGCCACUCUGCUUCAGUAUCAUUCUACUGUUUGGCAUGGACAGGCUUGGCCCUGCUCCUUUUCUUUGUCUGUCUCUGGAGAAGGUUGAGCUGUGUCUGUAUUGGCUGUUGUGAUAUGGCAUCUCUCCCUGGCUCACGCCGAAGUGCCUGUAUGUGCAAGUGGCAAUGCCUGCCAAAAAGGCCACAGACAGGACAAGGGUGGUAGGGGGAGGAUGAGAGCAGGCAGAGGAGGUAUGCAGAAAUAGUUCUUGACCAGGUGUGAGUGGGAGCAACAUUUAGCCCUCCAGCCUCUUGCUCGCAACAUGGAUGGAGCUGUCUUUGUAGAAGGUGAUCUUGGAACAGUUAGGGAGCGAGAGUCAGCGCCAGGAGUGGGCCCUGUGCCAGCCAUAGGCAGAGCUGAGCCCAGAGCAUGGCAUGGCUGCUGCCGCAGAGAAAAUGGCGGACUUCGAUAAGGCUUUAUCCCAAAACGGUCCUUAAUGACAAGAGAUGUAAUGCAUGUUGGGGGAAAUUAUAGAGAUGUGUAUAAACAACGGCCAUAAAGCAAACAUUGGUUGGUGGGCUAGAAGUCCUUCGGUGCAAUGUCACAUAGCAGAGUAGUGUUUUGUUUUGUUUUUUCUUGACCUUGAACAGCCCCUUUGGCACAGCCUCUCUCCUUCUCUGGCUUCACUGAGGUUAUUAUAAAGGAAAGGAAAAAUGUAAUCCUUUUGGACAAAAGUUUGGGACACCUCUUGCUAAUGGAACAGAGAUGUUAGGUACUGCACUUCCUUUUUGAAGAAGUCUGAUCAAACAACCAAGUUAUCUUGAGGAGGCUAGGGUGUGAAAAUAAGCUCCCAUUCUUGGAUCGAGUAGCGCAUGAUGGUAUCUUUCUCCGGCUUUUUCCAGGUGAACAGGCGAAAAAUGGAUGACAUUAUCUAAAGGUGACAGAGAGAGGGAGGAAUAUAUCCCCAGCAGCAUGCCUAAUGUUCAGCCAUUUUAGGAGGGUUCAGUGAGGGAGCUCUUGUGUGCUCUGAAUGACUAAGUAUCUCUCCCUGAUUGGGCAGUGCCUACUGAAUUCUGAUGUGAUUCAUUUGACUGACAGGCAUCACCUAGGGAACCGGCAUUAGGGCUGGUGUCGGUCUAGAUUCAAGGGGAAGUUCGUGUUGAUAUUUAGUGGAAGCUCUGCAACCUUGCGCUUCAUUUCUUACCCAUUUACUGUGUUUUCUAGCUCUGCUUGCUCUGUCUCACAAGCACUUCCACACACAACAAGUAGAUGUGCAUAAAUUUUGCAGACACAGUUUACCAUAUUCGUCUUUUAUGGAUCCUGCGAUUUAAUUGCUCCUUGGGCUCUAAUUUUAUGUAUUUUCCCUCUUUUUUACAGGGCUCAGGUCAGAACCAAAAUGAGUCAUCCAAUCAGAGUCUAUGCAGUGUGGGUUCACUUAGCGACAAAGAGCUAGAGGUAAGACUGUUACUUUUGUGAACUCAAGUCAAACCAUCUCCUUGUGCUGCCUGAUUAUUCACAUGGUUGACUCAAACUCCCUCUCCCCUACAGACUCCUGAGAAAAAAGCAAAUGACCAGAGAGUGAGGAAACGGAAAGCAGACCAUUUUGACAGCAGCCAGGGUAGGACUUAUCAACGGCUGUGAACCUCUCACGUAUAUCUCACACAUCAGCCUCUCUCUUAACUCCAUGCCUCUCUCUUCUAGGCAAAGCAGGAGCGAGGGGACAUAAAAUUAGCGAUUAUUUUGAGGUGGGUAGCAGGAAUGUUUCUUUAACAUAGCUUGUGUCCUCUUGGAAAUUCUGCAGUAUUGGGUCACCUUUCGUACUAUCCCUCUAACCUCUUUUUUUAGUCACCUCUGUCUUUGUGUUGAACUGCUUUCUUCUUUUUCCCUCUGAACUUGUCUGUCAGUUUGCGGGAGGUAGUGGUCCUGGUACCAGCCCUGCCCGGGGAAUUCCACCAGUGGUCCGCUCUUCCCCACAACACUCGCUCUCCAACCCUCCUGUCACGGUGAGCAUGUUUGCUCUAGUCGCUCUCAUGCUUUUUUAUAAUCCACUAAUACUUUUUCCUUCAUUCUCUCUAACAAUCUCUUCAUUGACACAAAAAUCAAGUUGGUUUCCAGUUGAGUAUUUUGAUGUGUGACAGCAGUUAUUAGGAAAAAUAUUUUGAUAAUUAAUAGGGAUGGGAAUCACGAGUGGGCCCACGAUACAAUAUUUUCACAAUACUUGGGCCACGGUGUGAUAUUAUUGUGAUUUUUACCUUUUUGCAAUACAGUGAGUAUUGCGAUAUAAUAUAUUGUAUUUUAUACAGCUUUUUCAACGGGUUAGGUAAUUUAGCAUUUGUCUUUCCUUCAAGUUUGUCUUAUUUACGCUGUAUUUUAUUUUCAUGUAGCACAUCUUGCAAACCAUUUAUAUAUUUGUUGUACUAACUUUUUCCUGCUCUAUGGUGUCACCUCUGCCAACCUCACUGGACAAACUGUUGAUUUAAAAUUUUGUCAUUAUCAUAGAUUUCAUUUCAUAUUAACAAUCAAUCAGAAAAAAUCGAUACUUGGUAAAUGAGACAAUACGAUUUAUCAUCAGACAAAACAUUACGAUACUAAGAUGUAUUGAUUUUUUUUCUCUCAGCCCUAAUAAUUAAUCCCUUAGGGUCUUCAGUUUUUGUCACUGAAACGGUCUCCUAUUUGAUCACGACUGGCAGCUUCUGUAAUAUUCACAGAUGAUGACACAGCCUGUGUGAGUAAAGCUUUGACUGGAUGGAUGUUUCUACCUCCUAGGUGCAGCAAGGAAGUCCGUCAUCCGUAAGCUCGGUCAACACAGAGCACUCAACGUGUUCACUGAAGCCUGCUUCUCUUCACCUGCUCCACAAAGCCACACAGGUACCGUACAUGUUAUCACUGGAUAUCAGCUAUGACUCCUUUUGUAAUUCAAAGAAAGAAACUUUGAUGUAAUCCGCUUUAAAACUAAAUCAAGAAUUGUUUGUCACUUGAAGACUUUUUGGUACUUGUUGUUUCACUGUAGUUUUCUCUGAUGUAGAAAAAAAUCCAAUCUAAACACUGUUUUGUGCUCACUGUCCUCUGUAGUCUGACCUUACCAUAGAGAAACUAACAGCAAUGGAGAACAACAAGAACUCUGACCUGGAGAAGAAGGAGGGCCGGAUAGACGAUUUGCUGAGGGUACUAAUCUCAUUACGUUUUAUCCCCGCUACCCUGCUUGCCGUUUUCAAUCAUUUUGAGAAUAUCAACUCUGUUUUGGCUUUUCACUCCCGGCAUAGUAGGCUGAACACAUUCUGUCUGAAUAUGAAGAAUCAAGUGUAUUCUGGUCGUUCAUUUUCGCUGACCCUUUUUUUCCUGCUUGUUUUUAUGAUCUUCUCCAGGCAAACUGUGAUUUGAGGAGACAGAUUGAUGAACAGCAAAGGAUGCUUGAACGAUACAAGGAACGUUUAAAUAAAUGUGUGACCAUGUCCAAGAAGCUGCUGAUUGAAAAAGUGAGUUUGUUUUAAAAGACUCUGAUAUGUGUUCAGCUCUCAGUUUACAGUGUGGAUUUUCUGUGAUGGAUUGUGUUAUAGAAGAGCUGACUUGAGUCACAGUGAUAAGACAUUUUUGUAUUUUUCUUAUCUCUCUCUGAAGUCCAAACAGGAGAAAAUGGCGUGUCGGGACAAAAGCAUGCAGGACAGGCUUCGACUGGGUCACUUCACCACUGUUAGACAUGGAGCUUCUUUCACUGAGCAGUGGACGGACGGAUAUGCCUUCCAAAAUCUUAUCAAGUGAGGACUUUCUAUAUAAAUAUAUAUAUUUAUGCUUGCACACUUGAUCUUGUUGGUCAUAAGCAGUUUUUCUAAAUCAGUUUUUAUGCGUCACUCAACCUCAGUUCUCUAUAUGUGAUAGUGAUAAGUAAUGAAUGAAAUAGUGUGCACAUUGUUGAACUGUGGGUUUUCGAUAAGCACAUCCUCCACUAGAGAAGUUAUUGUUUCAUUUUGUCCAAGGAUUAAAGUCCAAGUGCAAACUCAAGCAUAUGAGGUCUCUCUUGUGUGUCACUGAGAUGCUUUUGUUUCUUAUCAGGCAACAAGAAAGGAUUAAUUCCCAGCGAGAGGACAUUGAAAGACAGAGGAAGCUGCUGGCUAAACGCAAACCUCCGUCCAUGGCCCAGACUCCGCCCCCUAGCCUGGAGCAAAACAAACGCAAAAGCAAGACUAAUGGAACAGAAAGUGAAGCGUACGAUGCUUUUGUUUGUUCUCAAUCUUUUACAUAAUUUUUCUCUUAUGAACGCAAAGACAACAUGUUCUGCUCUUCUUUCUUGCAGGUUAUCACAGGCAGAGUACCACGAGCAAGAAGAAAUCUUUAAGCUAAGACUAGGCCAUCUUAAAAAGGUCUGGGUUUUCUUUUGGUGUAACUUUGUUUUUAUUUACCUCUUGUUGUUCAAAGAAGAUUCACGAUCAUUUUGUUUCCCUUUGGCAGGAGGAGGCAGAGAUCCAGGCGGAGCUGGAGCGGUUGGAACGAGUGCGAAACCUGCACAUUCGGGAGCUGAAAAGGAUUCACAAUGAAGACAAUUCCCAGUAUGAUAUUUCUUUUUUUUCUUUUUGAUUUCAUCUGUAAUGAUACACAUCUGCUCAACUCAAGUUACUCAGCUUAAAAUGUUUCUAAACCUUUGCAGAUUCAAAGAUCACCCUACGCUAAAUGACAGAUACCUGCUACUCCAUUUACUUGGAAGGGGAGGUUUCAGUGAAGUUUACAAGGUGAGAUAAUCAUGAUCUCUCCCUUUCCAAAACCACAGUUUUCGUGUUUGAAUGAAUGACGAGGAAAAUGAGUUGGCAUCUGAUACAGUUAGUGGUGGAGAAAAUUAGCAGAAAGUAAAAUGUUGUGAAUGAAUCUCAAGUGAUUUCUGAGGAGUUUUCAACACAGUAGUUUUGAAAUUUAUCAAACCAACAUUAAUUUCACAUUAAUUUGAUGGUCUCGACAAGUAACGGAGCUUUAGAACAGUCAGACAUCUAAGUAACAGCUGAUACCAGCGGAAGAGGGAGAAAGCAAUGGGCAAAUGACAAGAGGAUAAUGAAGACCAAGGAGUGAAAUUAAGAAACUGGAGGUCAUUAACUGACAGUUAUUAUCUCAAGAACAGACACAAAUGUUAGAAAAGCAGCUGGAUUUUUUUUUCUAAUGCUGCUAUAAUCCUGUUUCCUUCUGUCCAGUUGGUGUUUACAAUCCUCUGCCCUCUUUCACACCACCAUUUAAAGAUUAUUUUUAUUAAGUGGCAAAUACAGACGCUCUUUCCACAGCCAUUUGGCAUCAAGAUGUGCAAAACAGCUCUCAGUCUGUUUGCUGAUUAAAAAAAAAGAAAGAAAAAAGCACAGACAGCAAUGUCCCCUGCUAAUUGUAGUCCCAAGUAGCAGAGUGUCGGAGCUCCACCACAAUGUCCUAAUUAGUCCAAAAAUAUACAUUUAUCAAAACUAUAAACAGGGAGAAGGUCGUGUUUAGCACUUUUCUUGCAUGGUGAGCAGGAUGUAUCAGUGUUGUUUGCCUUUUUUCAAGCACCUUAUCAGAGACUAAAAUCUGCUAUUAUAACAACCUCAGGAGACAGUGGUGAUGUUGCAUAUUUUGAAAAGUAUUCGAGGAUGUUGUUUUUUUUUUUUUCACUUGGUACUCUCAGCUGACUGCAUCAACGUUUUGAGAUUAAAUCAUGCGCCAGAAAAGUGUUUCCCAGGAAUCUGCUGUCAUCAUGGACACAGCUAUUUGAUUAGAAUCAAGAUUCUGAUUGCAGCUAAAACAAAGAUACCCUAAAGGCAUUUCCUAACUCAUCUACUGCAUUUAUUCCCAGGCUUUUGACUUAACAGAGCAAAGGUAUGUUGCAGUCAAAAUACACCAAUUAAACAAGAACUGGAGGGAUGAGAAGAAAGAAAAUUAUCACAAGUAAGUGCUGUGUAUGCUUCUUAGCAGUACUACAGUGUGCUGACUCAGGCCAGAGUUAAUGUUCUGUUUAUCAAUCAUUUAACCAUUCGAUUCACUGUCUGUGAAAUGGUUUUAAUGUUAAGUUAUUCACUUUUUCAGACACGCAUGCCGAGAAUAUAGAAUUCAUAAAGAGCUGGACCACCCGCGAAUAGUAAAACUCUACGACUACUUUUCGCUUGACACUGACUCGUAAGUAUUGUCCUUUUAAAGAACUGACAUGUUUGCAGACUUUGAUUUAAAGCAACAUCACAGAUAUUUCUUUAGUGCUGAGCAUUAAAAGUUCUUCAGCUGAGUUGGUUGAGUACCUUUCUUUCGGGUUGGAACAGGUUCUGUACAGUUCUGGAGUACUGUGAGGGCAACGACUUGGACUUCUACUUGAAGCAGCACAAGCUGAUGUCAGAGAAAGAGGGACGCUCCAUCAUCAUGCAGAUUGUUAAUGCCCUCAAGUACCUCAAUGAGAUCAGACCGCCUAUCAUCCAUUACGACCUCAAACCUGGUGAGUCCACACUCCACAAAGACAUUUGUUAAAUACCAACUCUAAACAAUCUGAGGACAAUAAUAUCUGAUAGGGCUGGGCAAUUAUGGCAAAAAUAAUAAUCAUGAUUAUUUUGAUAGAUAUUCAAAUCACGAUUAAUAAAUGUGGUUAUUUAUUGAUUUCAAAACUAAUAGAUAAUCAAGAGAACAGCCAUAAAUAAAUUAGUAACAAGUAAACAAUUAAAAUAAUAACAAUAGUAAAUGUAAAUAAUGAUAGCAAUAAAAACAAUGAAUAAAAAUAAAUACCCAAUCUACAUGCACUCCUGCAAAACACAAACACAGCCAAAAAACAAAAGACUCUUUAAAGGUUUUUCAAAAACCUUGUUUAAAAACAAUUGGAUUGGUCGGAUUGGCCAAAAAGUGCUUUACUUCCUCAGCUGUGUGAUCUCCGAUAACUUGCUAAUGCAUGGCACACACGUGCUCCGCAGUGCAGCGCCCGUGUGUGCACAUGUACUGAUAUAUAUGAGUCAGAGCUAGAGCCACGUAAAUUUUUUAAAACCCUCAUUUUUAGGAUGUGGCGGCUUUUAUUUUGGGGAUACCCUGAAGUUGGUCUUGUUGCCUUGGGGAGAGACAGCGUGACAAACUUUUCAAACAAGUUCCUUUUGCUCGAAAUCCCUCAAAUUGAAGCCAAAAUGUUUCCAGAUAACUGAAGUUGUCCUACCUUUCUUCUCAACCAAAGGCUGCCUUUCUGCCAUGUUUUCAAUCACUCACUCUUCAUAUUAUUGAUCCACACACCAUCACACACUUGCUGCAGCUGCACGUAAAAGGGGUACAUUCAAGGUGUUUUCUUGGCACAGGAACCUAUAUCUUUUAUCUUCGAUUAUAAUGUUUUUAUGAUUGUGAGGAGCCAAAAUCGAAAUUAUGAUUGAAACUCAAUUGAUUGUCCAGCUCUAUUAUCUGAUCUUGCCCUUCACAUGUUUAGCACACAGUUGAAGAUUGUCUAGGUGUAAAUGAAUCAUUUAUUUUUGAAGGGAAGGGUAGACACCAGGUGAAAGCUAGCAAAGAGCGAAUCCUUCUGAAAUACUAGUUUUAGGUUAGUAGACACACAAAACAAGUAAGCAUUUAUUCACAAUACAACUGUAACAGCUGUGACUUUGACAGAAAGAGUCUGAAACAACUCCAACACAAUGUGACCUGCUUCAUCAGCACACUCACUGUUCCAGGGCUUGACUGUUACCUGCUGUGUUCAAAGACCUGCUCAAUUGAACUCUAAACUAACUUCAUCGUUGGGGGUUUGGAAGUCAGAGACCGUUUAAUGUCUGGGUCUUUUGGAGAUUCAUGUUCACACAGGCAUCACACACUGCUCUGGGUAUUAUCAAGACGUUUUCAGGAGAGCAGUAUAUGUUUGCGACUCCAGCUCUGCACAUUUCACCUCACGUCUGGUAAUCCUUUCCUCUUCCUAUUAAAGGCAACAUCCUCCUGGUGAACGGCACAGCUUGCGGCGAGAUUAAGAUCACAGAUUUCGGGUUGUCCAAGAUCAUGGAUGAUGACAGCUACAACUCGGUGGACGGGAUGGAGCUGACGUCACAGGGGGCAGGGACCUACUGGUAAGAUUUAUGCUGGAAGAUGACACUCUGCCACAGGGUUAGGGUUCAUGUGUGAUAUAGUAAACUGUGAUGAGUAUUUUUUACCGCUGAGCUUUAAUCCUCAAGGGUCAGAUGUUUCGUGUUGUCACUGCUGAAGUAAUUUUCCAUGGCCGUGCUUCUCCCACCCACAGGGGACUUGAAAUGAACAGCCUUUAUGAAGACAUCUUAUGAUAUAGAGGGGAGAAAAUGUCUGAAUCCAGUCUGGUAUGAGUGGAAUUUUAACUCAAAAUCAGAGCUGAGCCAGAACACCUCCACUUCAAAUAAUGUCAUGUUAACUGGAAAAUGUAACAUUUCAAGAGCCAUAUAACACAAGAGGGGAGGGGGAUUUUGUUCAAUGACAGAUGCCUUUGACAGGGUUUGAAGACUCUCUGUUUGAACUUCACUGCUACACCUAAAUUUAAGCUCUGUCAUGUCCUACAUCUAUACAGGCAAGGUGGCAAAAUCCCUUCUAGCCACUUGGUUAAUGCGACAGCAGUGAGAUUUACACUUGGCAUGCAGAACCGUGUCUUUUAUGGUUACUUUGUUUGACAGCACACUGAGUCGUUAGUAGUUUGCCACCUAAAGGCACACCACUAUGGACACUUUUAGGGCUUAAACACAGCAGAUUUUGUAGCAGCAUCACUCAAAACAAUAAUUUAUCAAAGGCAAGGAGUACAGAGUGUAAACUUUAACAAGAAAAUGUAAUGAACAUGUGCGUAAAUUACUGUCAUGAUUUUAUGAUAGAGCAUCUGCAGGUGAAUAAUAGACUUCAAAUCAACUCACUGUCACAGAUUUUCACAUUACAGAUUUUUUUUUCUGUAUGAGCAAUAAGCACCAUGUUCAGUAACGUUUGAUUUAAUUAAGUCACACUUGAUAUCCAUGUAGAUGUUGAGGAUUCAGAGUUAUUUAAACAUUUGCGACACUUGCAUUUGGGACUAAAAAUAGAUGUGUGUGAAUUGUAAAAUGUAUUUAGGGGCACACGUGAGCAUAAAAAAAUAAGCUGAGGCCACAAAUGUUUACUCAUGUAAAUACGGCGGUGAAGUUAGUUUUAGGAUGGAUACUCGAUGGACGUUCACUGCAGAUCCAGCGGUGUCUUCUCACUCUCCAUAAUUGGGAAUAGCAACAGUAGUGCGGUUAAAUCUACUUGGCCUUCUCGCUGUCAACAUUGGGUGUUUGAAUAAGGGACCAUCAAUAAAUUACUGGUUGAUGUUUUCAGAACAGGCUGUUUUCAUUCAAUAGCUUCCAUGUCAUCUGACCAAAAGACCUAAUAUUGAUUUCAAAUAAUUCCCUAAUUUGUCCUCAAACAAAUGUUAUGUUAAAUUUAAAGGCAAAUCUUAAACAUUUUCUUUAAUAGCCUCCAUGGCAUGUGACCAAAAGACCUAAAAUUGAUUUCAAAUUUUCCAUUUUAUUAUGGAAAACACAAUUUUCAUUGUGCCCCUAAAGUUCUUUGCGUGCUCCUAGUGAAAAAAGUUGAUGAUUAGCCCUGAUUUCCCUAACACCACUUGUCAAAAAGGAGCUUUUGUGGCUUUUUCUUAAUGAACUACUUUCAGUUGUCAUCUUGCUUUCCUCCCAAGGCUCAAUCAAUCAUUUAAUUCAACGUUGAUAACAAGUUUUAGUGUCACAAGGUCUACAAGCACCCAAUGGUCCCCCAAAAGCAAUAUGCCCAACUUGUAAGGAAUCCUGUUCUUGCAAACCUCCAGGCCCUGACAACCGAUUAAAGUCCACAUCUCUGGUUUUCUUCUUUAGGUAUCUGCCUCCUGAGUGUUUUGUGGUUGGGAAGGAACCGCCCAAAAUCUCCAACAAGGUGGACGUGUGGUCUGUGGGGGUCAUUUUCUAUCAGUGUUUGUAUGGUCGAAAGGUAAGGGAGACACACAGCGGAAAAUACUUGUGAUACCAUUUACUCUCCAGUACCAAUCUUAAGUAAUGUGUUACUGCAGCAAAGUAAAAAUAAUAUGUAAUUGGAAUAAUUUGCCUAAAAUAAAUGCUACUGUGAUUUAACACUGACAGAUAUGUGAAUUUAAUUUUAGUCUGUCCUUAUACCGACAAAAAGUUACUCUCCUUAGUAACCCUUUUUGUUUAAGACUUUCUUGAGUCUCUUUGCUCAUCCAAAAUAAAACACCAUUAAUUUAGAGUAAAAAUUGAUUAAUCCAUGUUAAUUUUGACAGUCCUGGAUCUAACUAAAAAUAGUGUCAACAUCAGCAAACAUUCAUUCCUUCUUCUCACUUUAUUUAUUUGUUUAUUUACUGCGAUUAAUUACAUUUUUUUUCUUCCUCUGUUUGCUCUCCAGCCUUUCGGUCACAACCAGUCCCAGCAGGACAUCCUGCAGGAGAACACCAUACUGAAGGCAACAGAUGUGCAGUUUCCCCCUAAACCAGUAGUCACACCUGAAGCUAAGGUACUGGGCUCGAACCUUCCCACUAUAGUUCAGUAAAUCUAAAGUUUAAACAAUAUUUGUGAUUUCAAGUGGAUCAGAGCUGAUCUAGUGAUUUAAAGUUUGAUCACCUCCAGUGGUUUUUAUGUCAGCUGUUACUAUUUAGAUGCAAAAGUGCGAGUUACUUAGUGUGACGGAGCGAUCAGUGUGCCUAGCUGUGUUAAUUCAAAAUAAUAAAUGGGACCUCCAUGUUGAACUGUAGCCAAAGUUUAAAAGUUAUUACACAAACACUCACACAGCCAGCUAGAUUACAACAACAAGAACUGCUUUAUGGCAGCCUGCGGUAACUUUCAAGGGACAGAUGGUUCAGAGGGGAAAAUAAAAACAGGACAGUCUGUCACAUAAGCAUCCCUGCAGCUAAAACAUCCCCGGUGUGGAAAUAUCUUAAACUAGGCAGUAAAAACAGUCCAAUAGCCACUUCCAUGAUAUGCAAUACACUUGUUUUGCGAGAUGGUGGCUGUAGAGCUGCGUUCAAAACGACCAAUUUGAUACAUUGUAAAAAACAAAACAUGCAAUAUGAUGAGACAUGCUCUUUAAGCAUCAGGACAAAGGCAGAUUUCCCAAAGCAACAAUAAGGUGAAGCAUGGUGUGACAUUUGGGUUUCACAGCGCUCCACUUUUCAGUUUACGGUGAAGCAGGUCAGUUGAUAUUUUAAUCGAGUUUGUGGGGGGAAAAAAAAGUAAAAUGGAGAAUAUCAUAAGAUAGGCGAGUUAAUCUCCAAUAUUUAUGUUCUUGAUCUAGCAGUGAUGUUAAAACUUGAGCCAUCUUGUGAGAGUUGCGUUCACAACAGCAUUUCCUCAUGAUUUACAUGCACACCAGUUUUGUGGCUCUCACGGCAGAGAAUGUAAAACAGACCAUAUGCGAGUUGUGCAACAGUUCUAAAAGGACUAAGUUAAAUGGAAUAAACCGAAGAUGUCUUUUUGUUAUUCUGUUUAUUUUACCAUUUAAAAAAAAAUAUAUAUAUAUAUAAAUUUGUACUUAGUAUCAGCCAACAGUUUUUAUUGAAAAAUCCAGUUUGGAUAGGGGCCAAAAACGCUGAAGCUGACAUUCCCAGUUUGUGUUGUAACUACUUGUAUUCAUAUUAGUAGUUUAUCCUCCCUUUUUUACUUUUUUAAUUCUACAUUUACACACUGAUUACUGUUCUUAAGAGUUCUAAUUUGUCACUCACUUAACUCUUAUUCUGUCCUUCUUCAGGCCUUUAUAAGGCGCUGUCUAGUCUACCGUAAGGAGGACCGCAUCGAUGUGCACCAGCUGGCCAGUGACCCCUUCCUCAUGCCCCACAUCCGCAAAUCAGUGGCCUCAUCCGGCACUUCAGGCAUGGCUGUGGCCUCCACAUCCAGCUCCUCAAACAGCAGCGCCUCAAACUGAGCACACGACCCUUAAUGACUGACUGACCUGUUUGAAAGAGUGGGGUAGUGGCGACACCAUACUGUGUCCUCCCCUUCCAACUGCAUCCCACCUUGCCAUGAAGAGCCUAAGAGAAACCGGCCAGACGAUGAAGAGGGGUGGGUGAGAAGUCAUGGAGAGGGUUGAGAAGGGAGACCUGUAUCACCCUUCAUCCCUUGCAUGUCCACCCACCCCAGCCUACCUGUCGUCCUUUCUCAAAGGGGUGGCGUUGUUCUGGGGGUUCAAAGCCCUGGAUGAAGUAACACAGCUGGGGGCGAAGCUUGGCACUGUGUUGGUGGAAAGUUGGGUUCAGUGUUUGGGGUUAUUCCUUUCUGCUUAAAAAGAAAAAAACGAAGUACAGAACUGCUUCAGCUUGGCCAGAUGGGAAGGACUGCGGACGGCCUCAUACCCAUACACACUCACACACACACACACACACACACACACACACACCCAUGCAUGAGCCAUUCUGGUCGGAGGUAGUCCGAACUCUCCAAGAGCAAACAUUUUGUUUGUACUCAUCUCCCAAAACUUUCUCUGAGAAAACUGGUCUGGCCUGUUAUUGUAUUGAACCCUAAAUAUCUAUGGCACUCUGUCGUCCCUCCCCGCUGUUCUGGGAUCCCCCUGCCCUGCUUAAAUUCCAGCCCCAGAUAGUUUGUGACGAGGAGGGACAGAAGCUACUAUCCCCUUUAGCCUCCCCUCUUUCUCCUUGUCAAACUCCUGUGACCAAAGCUUAUAACUUCCAGCUGGUGGCAGUGUUCCACCUCAGUUUUUAUAAUGAAUGGUUUUAGAGACGUGUUACUUGAUAUGGAGUGGAAGAUGAUGAGAAACGACCCCUUUUACAUUUUUUUAAAAAAGCGUUUCAAUUUAACCAGUUUUAUGGACAAAAACUGUUGUGUUUUUCAAGUUGCCUUUAAUUAGAACUGUUACUGUUUUGAUUGACCCCCUACCAUAAACACAUAUUUAUUUAGGUAUGUUUGAAUUUAUUUUGGCCAAUAAAAUGCAAGGGACUGGUCUACCUAAUAGUACCAUUGGGGGGAGAUUGGGCCUUAGCAGAGAGUUGCAUAAACCAUUAAAUACUAUUGGUUAAACAUG